AUGCACGAUCUCUACGAGGACAGGUUCGACCAGUUACACAUCGCUGGGUGUGGGGGUAGUAAUGGGCAGGGUGGUGGUUGGUGGGCCGUCGGGAGUGUUUCGAUCGGUGACGCUAGAGGGAGCUGCGAUGGUGGUGGUGGUGGUGGUGGUGGUGGUGGUGGUGGUGGUGGUGGUGGUGGUGGUGGUGGUGGUGGUGGUGGUCGUCGUCGUCGUCGUCGUCGUCGUCGUCGUCGUGGUCGUGGUCGUGGUGGUCGUGAUCACGGAUGUUGUGACAGGGAUGAUGCAAAUAGUAGUGCUCGAUGA